CGCGUGCGCAGCGCCCAUACGCGCCGUUCGUAACACAUACUUGCACGAAAAUUUGUAUACAAAACAUUACGAAAACGACGAACGAGUGAUGAACUAAUGUGAUUGUGAUAAUUACAGUGAUGUGCUCUUAGAAGUAUAUUCAAGAUGACAACGAUACGCAGUGCCAAAGACAGCAAACGAAAUAGACAAGCCAAAUAUUUUUACGUUAGAAAGUGACGUCGUCUUCCGAGAUGGACGGCGUUCGGGUGACUCAUCAAGGACUGCGGGCCCAUUCCGCAGAAGGGUCCGCAGGGCGUAUCACCCAGGCCGGUCUGGCAGCCCGAAGCCCUGAGGGCACAGCCGCCAAAGGCAUGGCUAUAAAAGGCCACGAAGACCUUUGGGUGGAGAUUCAGGCGAACACGUUUAGGAAUUGGGUGAAUGAAACCUUGAAACCUGCGAAUAUAAAGGUUGUAGAUCUCGUUGAAGACCUCCGAGACGGCACCGUGCUAUGUUCGCUGGUGGAGGCGUUGCAAGGUCGCAGGCUGAAAGCAUGGAGUUCAAACCCUAGCAACCAGCAUCAGAAACUGGACAACGUGAGCUGUGCCUUGCAAGCCAUUGAAGACGAUGGCGUGAAACUCGUGAAUAUUGGAAACGUGGACAUCGUAAAUGGAAACCUAAAAUUAAUUUUAGGGUUAAUCUGGUCACUUAUAGUUAGAUACCAAAUUGGUAGAAGCAAAUUCCCUCCGAGAAAAUUAAUGUUAUCAUGGCUCCAAUCGGCCCUACCCGACUGCCGGGUCAACAACCUGACCACGGAUUGGAACAGUGGAGUACUGCUAUCAGCUCUACUCGACUAUUGCAAGCCAGGAGUGUUCCCGCGGUGGCGAGAACUCAAUCGUCAUGAAGCUAUAGAAAACUGCAGCCGUGCUAUGAAACUGGCACACCGUGAGCUUGACGUGCCCAUGGUGCUGGAGCCAGAAUACCUAGCUUCACCUUGGCUAGAUGAGUUAUCCGGCAUGACAUACCUCUCCUACUUCAUGAAACCAGGGUCUGCGGGGUAUAAAGCCACGCUAGACUGGGUCAACUCGCGUUUGGAAAGAGGGAUAACAAAUUUUACGACUGACUGGAACGAUGGUCGAGUGGCGAAUGAGCUGGUGCGGUCCAUGGGUGGCCCAGCCCCGCCCCCGAGCCGUCUGCGACGAGACCCAGCCCGGUGGGAGGAGAACAACCAGCAGGCCAUCGAUGCUGCAAAGAAAAUCGGUGUUCAGCCCGUGCUAUCAGCUCGCGACAUGAGUCAGAAUGACUCCGAGCACCUGGGGGUUAUGGCGUGGGCCACGCAGUUUAGGAACAUCCCACCGAGACCCCCAAUCCACGACAUGUUGAGGGUGCCGCUUGACUCUACUUCUGGAAGAGUUGGGGAAGAGACAUACAUUCCAGUAGAGAUACUAUCAAAUGAGCUCUCAAUAUCAGAUGUGAAGGUGUCAAUAGUAAAUCCCUUGGAACAAGAGUCCAGACUGAAACUAGACUCCCGCGGCGUCGGCGAGUUUAUUCCCCAACAUGCUGGCAUGCACGAAAUCGUUCUUACUGUGGAUGAUAUAAGGGUGGACGGCAAAUACUUCUUUAGAGUACUUCCAAGGUUGGUAAUGGUGCCACCGCCUGGUAUGGCGCCAUGCGCCGCCGGCAGUAUUGUUGAAGUACUAGUUAGCGCUACAGGUGCACCCAGAAGAGAAGACAUCGAUGUCACCGCUCACUCCCCAAGCGGCCGAGCAGUCCCUCUCCAAGCUCGGCAUCCGCCGCCUUCAGCUCCUGGCACCACCGCCUCCAGCGCCACCUUCCAGCCUGAUGAAGCUGGCACUUGGACUAUUGCUAUCACAUACAAAGGAGAACAUAUACAAGGAGGCCCAUUCACCUGUGAAGUCUUUGAUCCAUCUGGUGUACGUCUCAGCCCUGGCGCUCUUGAAGGGGCCGAGCCUCUAAAACCCCACUCCUUCGAGCUUGACACCAGCGGGUGCGGGGUGAAGGGCGACCUCCAACUCGACAUCGUCCACGAUAAGAGGAGCGUCAUGUGCGCGCUGGAGAAACUAUCUGCUACCAAAUAUCGAGCCACCUUCAUGCCCAAAGCGCCUGGUAAACAUAGGCUAUACAUCUACUUCAAUGGAUAUGAUGUGCACGGCUCCCCGCACAUGUUCCGUGUGGGUUCCAAGUCGAAGAAACCUCGCGAAAGUUCUAGUCCAUCGCCAGCUUAUGCGAGGAUUUCUAGUCCAGUAACACGUUUCCGCUCCGAAAGCCCGAUGAACCGAAAUAACUUGUACGAGUCAAAGCACAAUACCAGCUCGAUAGAUCGACGGGAAGAGCGACGUGACUCCACCGAUUAUUACAAAUACUCCGACGUCAAAGACAAGAGCUAUGACGUCACGGAUUCCGCAUAUUCGAGCUCCAGAGUCAAUAAGAUGGAAUACAGAUAUGGAUCGGAGAGCCCUAGGAAUAGGACUGCUAGUCCGAUUACAACGAAGCAUCUGGGAAACGGGGCUAGGCUCGACCUCAAUAGACCGACGAGUCCCUUUCGUGCCAGCAGUCCCUAUAGAGCGGCUAGCCCAAUUGGCAGGACUGCCAGCCCGCUAACGAGGAAGGAUAGCCCUUUGAAUAGAACUUCCAGCCCUAUAAAUCGGGUAAACACACCAACCGGCAGCGACCAGCGAUACAGCCCCGUGACGACGACGAAACGAGUCGUGGAGAAGAGGUCUAACUACAAGUACAGCUCCUUCAGCGGGUCUCAGGAUAACCUGGACCAGACGAGCCCCUAUUCCUCCCUUGAGGCAGACCGUAUCAAAAGACUUGGCAGCCCUAGUUCUGGUGACCCUGGAAGUAAACCGUUCAGAAAAGAUUCAUGGGACACAGUUGAGAAAACGAGGCAAAUGCUCAGUUCGAACAGCUUGGAGCAAACCAUCAGCCCUGACCGCUUCGGGCAGAGUACUCUAGACCGCGAGACCAAACGCAACACGCAGCUGAACAAGUUUAGCGACUUCUCGAGAGACUCCUUCAACAAACAUCUGGAUCGGUUGGCCGACGAUCGCGACUCCGACACCUACACCAGUCGACAAGAGUUCAAGCGCGAAGUGCGGGAGAGCUCGUACGUAGUUCGCGACUCCUCGUAUAGCAGCGUUGAGGAGCGUCAGCAACAUCAGCAGCCUUUUUUAUCCAAUAGGCCCCCCCGCGACCCUACCGGGGGGGCCCGCUCUGAGACGGACGCAGCACACGGACGUUUCAGACCAAUUCAAAGGGAUAACCAUAGAGGUGCCAAAGGAGUAGUAGUUACACCGACCUACAGAGGAGUGGUCGGGCAACCUGUCGAGUUUAUAGUUGACUGCAGCACCGCCGGCGCAGGUAACUUAGAACUCGAAGUAUCUGGUGGUAACGGAGCGCUGGUGGCCAGCUCAGUGCGUCCAUUAGGCAGCAACCGAUACGCAGCGGCCUUCACGCCGAGACUUGCGCGGGCGCAUACUGUCCGCGUUAUGUUCAACGAGGAACAUGUGCCAGGAUCCCCGUGGAAGGUAGAGGUGAUGGCUGGGCCGGCGGGCGGCGGCGGCGAGCCCGCCAGGCUAAUCCCCGCGCGGGUGCCGGCUGUCUUCGAGAUCACUACGGCCCCAGGAACAACUACCUUCACUAAGAGUGAGGUCGGCGUGACUGUGACUGCCCCGUCAAGACGGCCCGUGACCGCGAGAGUGCUGGAUGUAGCUGAAAGACCAGGGGUCUACCGCAUCGAAUUCACACCAGAGGAAGUCGGAACACAUCUUAUUGAUGUAUCGAUUGCCGAUGACAAGCUUGCUGCUGGUCCGUUGGUCGCGAAGGUUUACGACGCCAGCCUCAUCAAAGUCACGGAUGUUGGCAACGCCGUCGUGGGACAGCAAUGCCAAUUCAGAGUGGACGCAAGUGCAGCUGGCGAAGGACAGUUGGAAAUCUCUAUCAAUGAAGGAGAAGUACCCAACCAUGUUCAGGUCGUCGGUGGUGGACGAUGCUUAGUGUUUUGGAGGCCUGAAACAGCCACUCCGCAUAGAGUAGACAUUAAAUUCAAUGGAGAACCAGUACCAUCGUCGCCUUUUGUAUUCCACGUAACGCCUGCUCAACGCGUUACUAUUGACACUUCGCAAAUCGAAUUAAUACCGGUGGAUGAGACUGCGUCGUGUUCAGUGCGUGUGGAAGGCUCUGGCGGCGGUGAGCUUACAGUGACAGUCCGAGGACCGCGGGGAGAAGUUCCAGUGAGAUUAACUGGUGAUAUCAUAACGGGACUAGUAGCCAGCUUUGUCCCAAGACACGUUGGGCCUCAUACACUCACGGCCCAUUACAACAACCAGCCGGUACCGGAAACCCCAUUCAUUUGUAAAGCCUAUGAUGGGAAGCUAGUCAGUGUGACUGGAGGAUCGUCAGCCCGGGUUGGUGUGCCUGUGCAGUUGGCUGUUGAUGCAGCUCAGGCUGGAGAAGGGAACCUGGAGAUCACAGUUGCCGCAAGAGGGCUCAAUAUACCUACCCAAGUUCAUCCACAGGGAAAUGCCCGUUUCACAGUAUCUUUCACCCCAACAGAUGCUUGUGAUCAUGUUGUCAAUGUAUCAUUCAAUAAGAUGCGCGUCCCAGGCUGCCCCCUCGUCAUCGAGGUAUCCGAAGGGACCGGCAGCGGCGCCCGCGUCACAGUGCCGGGCCCCGCGCCGCUACACCAACCUGCCGCACUCACGCUACACCACCCCACAGCCACGCUGGACCAGAUCGAAGUCAAUGUUGAGGGUCCCAACGGCGCGUCCGUGCCGGCGGCGGUGUCGUCGGCGGGCGCGGGAGUCUUCCGCGCAGAGUUUGUGCCGCGGGCAGUCGGCGAGCAUCGCCUCAACGUGCUUGUCGACUCAGUCCCCAUUCCAGCUAGCCCGUUCCAUCUGAAGGUUUAUGAUGUAACCGCCAUCAGAGUCAAAGACGUGGCACAUGGAACAGUUGGCAAGCCCGUAACUUUUCUAGUUGAGACGAUGGCCGCGGGGCCUGGUAAUCUAGAGGUGACCGUGAAUGGUGGGCGAGUGCCCACAGCAGCGGCUGCGCAAGGAGCUCACACAUACGCCAUCAGCUUCACUCCCAGAGACCCGCGACCGCACACGGUAGAGCUACGGUUCAAUGGAGACCAUGUGCCAGGCAGCCCCUUCGUUUGCCAUGUGUCGGCCCCAGCGCGGGUAAUCGGCGCAGGAUCAAGCGAGUCUCCAGACAAAGUGUCCGUGGGUGAUCCUUACACCUUCAGCGUAGACUCGCCCACGUCCCCUCACGUGGAAGUGCUAGGUCCAGCUCGAAGACCAGUACCUGUACAGGUAUCAGCUGAAGAAACAGUGGGAGAAAAUGAAGCUAGCAAGCGAUAUACCAUCUCUUUCGUGCCGGUCGAUGUCGGAGAUCAUAGCAUAGAGGUUCGAGCCGGCGCCAUGGGCGGGCAUGUGGAAGGCAGCCCGUUCCUGGUGAAAGCGUACAGUGCUGGUCGCGUGGCCGUCACCGACAUAUCUCCCGGUGUGGUGGGGCGGCCAGUGUCCUUCACUAUCAAUGCUUCUCAUGCGGGUGCUGGCAAUCUAGAAAUUAUAGUCGCAGUCAAUGGGAGAAACGUGCCAAACUACGUACAAAGUGAAGGAAAUGCAAGAUUCAAGGUAAACUUCAAGCCAGUGGAGCCGGCCCCACACAUGCUGUCAGUUCGCUUCAACGGGCACACGGUCCCCGGGUCGCCGUUCGUGUGCCCGGUAUCGGCGCCCCCGCACUCGGGCGACGCCCGUGCUCACGGCCCGGGGCUGAGCUCGGCGUCUAGGGCUGAACCCGCCGAGAUACACCUCACUGGAUUUCAUACUGGCGAACCUACAGUAUACGUCUCUGGACCUGGCGGCAGCAACGUUCGUACUCGUGUGACGUCCACUGGGGAAGGAAGAUAUACAGCCACUUACACCCCCGAAGCAGUCGGACGUCACAGCGUGCAAGUGAUUUGUGCCGGUCGCCACGUGCCAGGCUCUCCGUUCACUUGCAACGUGUAUGAUGUGCGACGAGUCAGAGUUACUGGACUUGGGCCUGGAGAAUUAGAAGGCACACUAGAAGGCCUCAGUUUGGACGAUGGUGUGGACGAAGAGCGUGGUGUCGAAGUUGGAAAGCCAGUGACGUUCAGCGUAGAUGCUGCUGGUGCCGGUGAAGGCACCCUGGAACUAGUAGUGUCCACUCCGUCUACCACGGUUAAAGCGGAGGUGGUAGCCGUAGCCCGUGGUCUAUACGACGUGACAUUUGUGCCGGUAUCACGCGAGCCACACCGAGUGUCUGUCACGUUCAACGAGCAAGCGGUGCCAGGAAGCCCCUUCGUCUGCAGAGUCAGCGAGCCUCACACUUAUGUACAAAUAGGGGGCGUCGCCACAGUGGAGUUGGACGAGACACUAUCCGACGUAGAAGUCAUAUCACCAACUGGAGUACGCAUACCCGAAGCACAUUUAGAGGACACCGGUCUAUUGACCUUCCCGGCUACUAGAGUGGGCAGAUAUUUGGUGCGCAGUUCCAGAGGACCAGUCGCUGAAGUAGAGGCCCUGGACGCUUCAGCCGUGAAAGUUCUGUCUAUUGGAGAGGCAGUGGCACAUAAACCUGCGGUUUUGACAGUGAGCACGACCGGUGCCGGAGCUGGGCGGUUAUCCGCCCGCGUGUGGUGCGGCGGCGCUAGCGUGCCCCACUCCGUGCGCAGACGCGGCGGGGGGCGCCAGGAGCUGGUGUGGCACCCCGCCCGCGCCGCGCCGCACCGCCUCGCCUUGCUGUGGAGCGCCACGCCGCUGCACAGGCAGCCGCUGCUGGUGGACGUGCUGCCAGCUCACCAUGGACAAGAGGUCUCGGCAUCAGGCCUCGGCCUCUACCAGGCUCAAGUCGGUCGUGUAGCCUCGUUCAGUAUCGACACACUUGGGCGGCCCGCGAGAGAAUUCGACGUAGUGGUCUCCGGUCCUGGUUCCAGGGCAUUGCCCGUGCGUUGCUAUCAAACCAAAUCUGGCCUGUUACAAGCGGAGUAUACCAUUACUGAAGUGGGCCAAAGCACUAUAGAAGUACUACACCUCUCCAAACCAGUAUCAGGAAGUCCGUUCACAUGCGAGUCAUUCGACCCUAAUAGAGUGAUUCUGUCAGGGUUACCCACUGGCAAUAUCAUCACCAAUACGCCGAUUAACUUUAAUGUGGAAACAAAAGACGCUGGUGUGGGAGAAUUAGAAGUGGUUUGUGAGGCUAUGGGCGAUGGAGGGGGAGGUGGAGAGAGGAGAGUUCGAGUACCCGUCGAUAUCAGAGAAGAUGGCCGCUCUUAUCGCGUGCGCAUGCGGCCUGCCUUGCCUGCGCAUUACCGCAUUUAUAUUACUUACGGAGGUGCCCCAGUAGCAGGCAGUCCAGUUUCGCUAGGCGUUCUGAACACUCGCAGUAGUAGCGUGGCGCGAUGUGCUGGCACGGGUUUGGUCCAUGCGCACGUGGGUAAAGAGGCCGCUUUCACCAUACAUUGCGAUGAAGAUGCCACGCCCACUGUCCAGGUUGAAAGGCUAACCGACGGCAAAGAAGACUCAACAGAUUCCGGUCUAUUAGAAUGUAGAGUAGUCGCAGGUGCGCCUCGGGAGUGGCUAUGCGCCUAUAUUCCUUUAGUCGUGGGCUUGUAUGAAGUCAGGAUAUUCACCAGCAGCGGACCUCUUCCUGGAAGUCCAUUCUCCGUGAAGGUUAUAGAUACCUCAGCUAUAAUGCCAGUGGGCGGUUGGGGCGCAGACAACGCGGGGCGUGUACGAGCUCCCUCCAAAUUAGUACUGGACACCAGCAACGCCGGACCAGGAUCGCUGGAGUGUCUGUUGGCUGGACGCCAUCAACGUGUGGAAACUGUAUCCGGCCGCGCAGUAGUUACCCUAUCUGGCGAGGGCGCCGGCGCUGGCGAGCAUGAACUAGAACUAACGUAUAACGGCGCCCUGGUGGGGGGAGCUCCUCGCAGAGCGUUACUAGCUGCACCAGGAACUGCUGACCGAGUGGCAUUGGCUGGACGUGGAUUGGCUCAUGCAGCACCUCAUACACCGGCUGUCUUCACCAUCGACGGAAGCGCAGCAGGUCCCGGCGCUCCCGAAGCGUCGCUGUCUACCCCGGACGGGGAGACGGUCCCGGUGGCGUUAGCGGCCGCCGGGCCGGGGCUGUGGCGGGCAACGUAUACCCCGCGAAGACCUGGCGACCACCAGCUUAGGGUCAUGUGGGCUGGUCGACUCGUCAAGGGCUGCCCUCUAACAGUGAACGUGUCGCCGGGCGGCGAGAGCGGCGACGCUUCCCGCGUGGUCUGCUCCGGCACCGGGCUCGUGUCCGGCAUCGUCGGGCAUGAGAUCCGUUCGUGGAUCGACACCCGACGCGCCGGACCCGGCGAGCUUACGGCGCACUGCACCGGACCUAACAAGGUCGCGUACUGCGAACUAUACGAGCACGGUGACGGCACAUUCACACUCAACGUAAAGCCUGCGGAGGCGGGCCGACACGUGCUCAGCAUACAGUUUGCUGGAGAACAUGUGCCAGGAUCGCCGUUCAUACUCAAAGUGGCCGGCGCGCCUGACCCUUCUAAGGUUCGUGUGUACGGACCGGGUGUGGAGCCAGGCGUGUUGGCGACAUUCCAGUCACGGUUCUUAUGCGACACGAAGGGCGCCGGCGCAGGACAGUUGACAGUGCGAGUGCGCGGACCGAAGGGCGCCUUCCGCGUUGAGAUGCAAAGGGAAAACCAGAAGGACAGGACUAUACUUUGCAAGUUUUCGCCCACCGAACCCGGCGACUACCGCGUGGAGGUCCGAUGGGCAGGCCGCCACGUGCCCGGCUCGCCGUUCCCGGUCAUGAUCUUCGACACACAAGAGGAAUUGCGAAGAUAUCUCCAAGCCUCCGCCGCUUGACAACAAGUACCCUAAUUAGAUUUUGAUAUCUGUUGAUUGAAUAUUGAAACGGAUUUUUUUUAACCCAAUAGCUCGAUUGAUCCAAUUUAUUUUAACCGCGAUAUGUCCAAUUACAAAAAAGACAAUCAUCAUGCUGCUUAAAU